AUGCUGAGAGGAGUAGCAAUAAUUUUGGCCACUGUGGCUUUAGCAGGAGCUAUCGACGAUUUUGAUCCAUUCAUAGAUAUACCCUUCAAGCGGAUCAAAACUUCGGCGGAGCGCAUUGAAGAGCAUGGCUACCCGGCCGAAUCGCAUUAUGCGGAAACCCCGGACGGUUAUGUGCUGAACCUGUUCCGCAUUCCCCACUCCCCGAAGCUAAACAAUGCCGGGGAGCCCCGUCCGGUGGUGCUCAUCAUGCACGGACUGUUCAGCUGCUCCGAUUGCUUCCUGCUCAAUGGACCGGAGGAUGCGCUGCCGUAUAACUACGCAGAUGCUGGCUACGAUGUCUGGCUGGGCAACGCCCGUGGAAAUAUCUACUCGAGGAACAACACCAGGCUGGAUGUGAAGCAUCCGUACUUCUGGAAAUUCAGCUGGCACGAGAUUGGCUCCAUCGACCUGCCCACCACAAUUGACUAUAUCCUGGACCUAACGGGACAGCAGGCCUUGCACUACGUUGGCCACUCUCAGGGAUGUACAUCCUUCUUCGUUAUGGGCUCUUUCAGGCCGGAAUACAAUGCCAAGAUCAAGACGGCUCACAUGCUCGCCCCACCCGUUUACAUGGGCAAUACCACAGAGGGUCUUAUUGUGGGCACGGCUCCUUAUUUCGGACACCAUGGUAUUGGCUCCACCCUCUUGGAGAACCAAGUGCUCCUGCCCCAGAACAACUUUAUACAGCGGUUAUUGGACACCACCUGCAGCAAUCGUCCAAUUAUGCUGAGCUACUGCAAAACUCUGGCCAUGCUCUGGGGAGGUCCCGAAAUCGGGAACCUGAAUAAGACACUUCUCCCACAAAUUGCUGAAACACAUCCAGCCGGAGUCUCCUCUAACCAGGCCAUUCACUACAUCCAGUCCUUCGCCUCGAACGAUUUCCGCUUGUACGAUUGGGGAACCCGGAAGAACUUGGAAUACUACGGAGAGGCAGAGCCUCCAGCAUAUGACAUUACCAAAAUAACCUCUGAGUUGUAUCUUUACUAUGGAUUGCAAGAUGGUUCGGCAAACAAGCAAGACAUCUCCCGACUGCCCGAUCUCCUGCCCAACGUGGCUCUGCUCCAUGAAGUGCCUGAUCCCACUUGGGGACAUUUGGACUUUAUAUUUGCCACAGAGGUCAAGAAGGUCAUUAACGAUAUGGUGUUAGAUUAUAGCAAGGCUUACGAUGCGGCAGCAUCUAAGAAAUAA